AGCCUGGAGCCAGUGCGAGUCCAGUCUACGUCGCGCGUUCCUUUGGUCUACGUCGGGUUUUGCGUCGAUUUCGACGUUUCAUGACACAUCGUGCGAACUUGGAAAUUUGAACUGCAAUCAAAGUCCACUUGUGUGCGCGUCUGUCUGUCAAGUUCUUGGAAAAUCCCGUCGAGAAACAUGUGCAGAGAAUUUGGAUUAUUUCUUCUGAGCGGCUUUCUGCUGGUGUCCUCGGCCAGUCUCGUUACGGCCGUGACUCCGGAUGACGAUUCGCCCAGUUUCGAGACGGUUCACACGAGCAACGCGGCCAUUCUAAAUCGGCUCGGACUGACGCCUCUACAAAUACCGGACGGGCAUCACAAGAAGCGACUGGCCGGACCGGAACCGCCGGGGCUUAGCUCGCAAAUGCGCAUACAUCAGCCGUACAGCCGUCGUCACGGGCAUCGGGACAGUCACGUUUACAUGGUGAAGCUCCCGGCGAGUCCGCCGUAUUACACCAUCACGAGGCCGCACAAAUCGGUCGACGACAACGACAAGAUUACCAAGACCGGGCCGAAUUUUCCGGUUGGGUUUCAGGGAAACGGCAAACCCGCUAAGAUCUAUCACUGGAACUUGCCGGUGAUGAAAAAAAUGACGGAGAAGAAGCGUCUCCAUCUGAGUCAGUUGAGAAGCGAUCAGGCGAAGAAGAGAUUGGACGACGCGAAGAAGCGGCAGCAGUUGUCUUUCGCGAAGACCGCGUCGAACAAGAUCUAUUCUCUCGACACGGCCGGCAAGAAUUACGAGUACCGCGCGGUCGACACGAACAAAAUUUACUCCCAUCAGAAAUCAUCGAUGACGAAACACGUUAGAAACAACGACAAGAGACUGAGUUAUCCCGACGACGAGAAGUCUCGCUUCGAGUCGACGAAGAGGAAUGACGCGGUCAACAAGGCGUACAGAUUGGACGACUUGAGCGUGCACAGGAUCCAUCUGACCAAUGAACUUCACGGCUCGAGGAACACCGCGCCGAAGAUGAAGAAGCACCGGAAAAAAGCCGCCAUGUCGUAUUACGCGCCGAUCGCGACCAAGACGGGUUCCUCGACCAGCGUCCACAACUUCCCCGGAAACGGCAAGCCCAAGGCUUUCUACAUCAUGGAGAAGAGCCGCAAGCCGGUGUACUAUCAUCCUCUUCUACCUUAAUCUCCUACCCCCAUCGCCGUUCGCGUAUAAUUGUGCACAAUCGUGUGUAACGUCUUAAGCGGCGCGCGCGCGAGCCUGUUAAGUUUAAGUAGUAACGCGUACCUAACUCUCUGUUUUGUACAGAAUCGCGAGGGUCAUCUCGUACGCGGAUAUAAACAACGACGAAAAAACAAAAAGAACGAAAAAGAGAGAGAGAGAAACGGAGACUUUCACACACUUUUAUCGCACAUGGCCGUUUUUUUUUCUUUUUUUUUUUUUUUUUAAUUCUAGGCCAAGUGCGUCUCGCGAACUGUUCUGUUACAAAUGUAUGUCGUUAUCGGUCUUGCAUCUACAAGAUAUAUAUCGAUAAGUAAAUAUUACAAAUAUAUAUAUACAUAUAUAUAUAUAAAAAUAAUCAUUGCCGUUAUUAC